AUGAGGACGGCAGAGGACUCGAACGGGACGGUCCUGCACCGCCUGAUUCAGGAGCAGCUGCGCUAUGGGAACCUCACAGAGAACCGCACGCUGCUGGCCAUCCAGCAGCAGGCUCUGCGUGGCGGUGGGGGUGCCGGCAGCCCCCGCUCCUCCCUGGAGAGCCUCAGUCCAGAGGAGAGCCAAAUGGUGCAGCAGUCCACGCGGCAGGAGCCCCAGGGUCAGGAGCAUCACUCUGACCACGUCUACUUGGAGAACAGCGUCUAUCGGCUCUGCCAGCCCCAGCACAAGGGCGAGGAGCUCCCGACGUAUGAGGAGGCCAAGGCACAUUCCCAGUACUACGCCUCGCAGCGGGGCGGGCAGCAGCCUGGAGGGGUCAGCCCAGGGAUUCGGGGUGAAAAUGGUCCACACGGGGCCGAGAGCGGUACCCGACGCCCCGACGAGGGGCUGAAGGACCUGAAGCAUGGCCACGUGCGGUCGCUGAGUGAGCGGCUGAUGCGGAUGUCGCUGGAGAGGAACGGAGCCAAAGCGCAGAGCCCCAUCAGUGCUUCCCACAGCUACCCCCAGCUCUCCCGCCACCACCAGCUCGCUGCCCUCCGAGGGCAGCACCCUGAGGGGCCAGAGCCACGGGGACCCCCUCCGGAGUAUCCCUAUGUCAUCCCUUCCCAGGACACUUACCUGGCCGAACCCCGACCCUGCUCCCGGGAAGGUCCUGGAUUUCAGCAUCCUGAAAUCAGGGUGCUGCCCACCCACGUCCCCACCACUUUCCUGCCGCCACCGGGCACCCUGUGCCCGGGCACGCUGGGUCCCGCCAGCGUGGAGGCACUGGUGAGUGCCCAGGCAGUCUCGGCCAGCAGCCGCCUGGCCCGGGCAGAUGCAGUCCUGCGGGAAAAUGAGAGGCUCCAGCGGGAGAGUGAGAAGCUGCGGCGGGAGCUGGAGAGCUGCGCCGAGAAAGCAAGCUGCAUCCAGAAGCUGGAGAGCGAGAUCCAGCGCAUCUCAGAGGAUUACGAAAACCUCGUCAAGGCGUCUUCCAAGCGGGAAGCCUUGGAGAAAGCCAUGAGGAACAAGAGAGACGGCGAGAUGCGACGGCUCCAGGACUUCAACCGGGACCUGAAAGAGCGGUUGGAAUCGGCGAACAAGCAGCUGGCCAGCAAGACCCAGGAAAGCCAGGAGAGCAACCAGGGCAGUGUGGCCAAACUCCUGGCGCAGAGCUAUGAGCACCAGCAAGAGAAGGAGAAGCUGGAGCGAGAGGUGUCCCUGCUGCGCAGUGCCAAUGAGGACCAGCGGCGGCGGGCAGAGCUGCUGGAGCAGGCGCUGAGCAGUGCCCAGGCACGGGCGGCCAAGGCAGAAGCUGAGCUGCGGAAGAAGCGAGCCUACGUGGAGAAGGUGGAGCGGCUGCAGGCAGCCCUGGGCCAGCUCCAGGCCGCCUGUGAAAAACGGGAGCAGCUCGAGCUGCGGCUCCGCACCCGCCUGGAGCAGGAGCUGAAGAUGCUGCGGGCUCAGCAGAGGCACGCAGGUGCCGCAGGCGGGGGGACGCCGGAGCUGAGUGCCCACACGCUCUCUGAGCAGCUGAGGGAGAAGGAGGAGAAGAUCCUGGCCCUGGAGGCUGACAUGACCAAGUGGGAGCAAAAGUACCUGGAGGAGUGCACCAUGCGGCAGUUUGCCAUGGACGCUGCAGCCACCGCGGCCGCCCAGCGGGACACCACCCUCAUCAGCCAUUCCCCACGGCACUCCCCCAACAGCAGCUUCAACGAGGAUCUCCUCCUGGCCAGCCACAAGCACCAGGAGAUGGAGAACAGGUUAAAAGCCCUUCAUGCCCAAAUCCUAGAGAAGGAUGCCAUCAUCAAGGUCCUGCAGCAGCGCUCACGGAGGGACCCCAGCAAAGCCCUCCAAGGCUCCCUGCGGCCAGCCAAGUCUGUGCCCUCUGUCUUUGCUGCCUCCGCCGCCCCGAGCUGGCCAGGGGCUGGCCAGAGCGACCGGCUGGCCGAGGGCAGCUCCCGGGGCAGCACAGGCAAAGCCACUGCCGAAGGGGCAGCAGCGCCCGCCACCCUCCCUCUGCCCUCCCACUCCAAGCACGGCAGCAAGGACGGCAGCACGCAGACGGACGGGGCGGCCGAAAGCAGCGGCCAGGGUGAGGGCACUGAGCGCCUGGCUGGUUUGCUGGAGAGCUCGGCUGCUGCCAGAGCCCCGGACCUGUCUGACAUGGUGGAGAUCCUGAUUUAA